AAGACUGAAGAGGGGCUAGGUGCGGUCAUUGACAGCAGGAAGGCGAAGACGGAGUAAGGGAAGGGCGAGGACUGGGCACAAUGACGAUUGACGACGAGAGCUCCAUAUACGUUGGCGGUCUUCCCUAUGGUGCCACAGAAGAUACCAUCCGCACCGUCUUUGAUCUGUAUGGCGCCAUUCUUGAUGUCAAGAUUAUCAAUGAUGUCCGGACUAGGGGCAAGUGCUACUGUUUUGUAACUUUCACAAAUCCUCGAUCAGCAUUUGAUGCAAUCAAUGACAUGAAUGGAAGGACCAUUGAUGGGCGUGUGGUUAAAGUAAAUGGGGUGAGGACGCGAGGUGGAAGAUCAAAUUUUGGUCGAGAACUUAUUCAUCAUGACACUGAUAGGAAUGGAGACUGGGAUCGUGGUAGAGAUCAAGAUCCUGAUUAUAAUCAUGACAGGGACAGGCACAGGAAUCGAAGUAGAGGUUGGUCUCGAGAGCGUGAUAGAUCUCGAGAGCAUGAUAGGUCUCGAGGCUUUGACUAUGAAGGGGAUAGAAGAUAUGAGCAUGGACGUUAUCAUGAUCAAGAAAGAGAACCUUUGCAUGUUAAAGAUCGAAGUCAAGAGAGACAUCAGGAUGAUGAUGAGCAAGAACGAGGCAAAGUAGUUGGUCAAGCUGUGCAAAGAGACUAUGACCUAGAUUAUGACACAGACAGGGAGAUUGACAGGACUUAUGAUCCUGACAGAAGUUUUGAUGGGGAUAGAAAUGAACACUCAAGGAGAAACAAUGGAUUAAAUGUUGCCAAGCGACCUAACAUAGAUUUUUCAUCUGACUCAAAUGGUAACCACGAUGAUGAGAUUGCAGAUCAAUUAGAGAGGUCAACUCAAAGGCUUGGUCAGCUGAAAAAAGAGGUCUCUCAGUUGGAAGAGAAGUUACAAGAGAAACGAUGUCUUGUAGUGGAUUUACAAAAGCAAUCUAGGAAACUGGAGGAUGCAUUAAUUAAUGCAAAGAAACAUUCUUCAUAUCGUCAGAUGCAAUUGACCAAGCUGCACAAAUGCUUUAUGCAAGUGAAAGAGUACACAGAGCGACUAAAAACCUGUGAAAAAGAACUUCAGACUAUGGUUGAUACGGCAAUGUUAGAGAGUGAUGGUGAUGGCGAAGCUGUUGGCUUAAAGGAUGCACAAAUCAUGAGUGGAUAUGUAUGAUCUCUGGUUGAUGCGGCAUUGAGUUGUCGCUGUGCUGAGUAGAUUGUAUUUAACUAUCAUGCUUAAGGUCGUAGCAGUGAUAAGUAAAAAGCAUAAAAUGCAUCAUCCUUUAGUUAUAAAUCUGACGAAAUUUUUGUUCACAAUUUUAUGUCAAGUUCAAUGGACAAAAACUUGUACUUGUUGCUGUGAUCUGCGAUGUAUAAAUUUUGAACAAGCUGUAUUUUUAUUCUGGGGCA